CACUCGAGGCGGCAUCGUCGUCGACUCUUUUCCUCCUCACAUUAGGCGCAGACGAGAGGCGGCCGGGAUCUCUCGAACAUCUCGCCGAGCUUUUUCGCCGCUCACUUUCUGACUGCUCGCGCUUUCUUCUUUUUUUUUCUUUUGACCGUCACGAUUAGAGAUUGGUUUAUUGCGAUUUUCAUCAUCGAUCGUUUUUCAUUAUCGCGGCUGUGAAGUGCCAUCUUCUAAAAAAAGUGAUCGUCUGCGUGUUCCACGUAUUUUCAUAGAAAAUUUACAUCAUCCACCCGAAAAAAUUACGUAUAUUUUCCAAGACUACAGAUGCCAAUUUUUUAAUUGAAAUACAUUUACUUAAGUUAUCAGAUUGAACUCGAAGCCAAUACCUACUUUCGCGACAUGGCGACUAAAAACGGAGAAGCUGUGACGAUGCAAGGAUUGCAAAAUUCCCUCAAGCUGCCCGCCGGUGGAAAAGCGCCCGAGCAGGUGCCAGGCAGUUUGGAGUCGCCCGAGUACGAUCCUCAUAAGCAUCGAAAUAGGCCACAUCCCACAACAAAUACCGAGACACUGAUACAUCUGUUGAAGGGUAGCCUGGGCACGGGCAUCCUGGCGAUGCCCAAUGCGUUUUGCAACAGUGGCCUGGUAACGGGCACCGUUGCCACGGUGCUGAUCGGCAUCUUAUGUACGUACUGUCUUCAUAUACUUGUGAAGGCUCAGUAUGAGCUUUGCAAACGUCUAAAAGUUCCUAUUCUCAAUUACCCGCAGAGCAUGAAAGUGGCACUCGAGCAAGGCCCUGCGAUUUUCAGGCCGCUAGCCAAGUAUGCUCCGGUUUUCGUCGACAGCUUUUUGAUUGUAUAUCAACUGGGAAUAUGCUGUGUGUAUAUUGUAUUCGUAGCAACGAACAUCAAGCAGGUAGCUGAUUACUACACUACGCCAAUAGACAUUAAAUAUCACAUGUUGAUAUUGUUGCUCCCACUGAUCUUGAUGAAUUACGUACGAAAUCUCAAGCUGUUGGCUCCGUUUUCAACGCUUGCGAACAUAAUUACGUUCGUCGGAUUGGGAAUGAUACUGGCCUACGUUUUCGACGAUUUACCUUCGAUAUCCGAGAGGGAAUUGUUCGGCUCCGUGAGAAAUUUUUCGCUUUACUUUGGAACCACGUUGUUCGCUUUGGAAGCAGUCGGCGUUAUAAUUGCGCUGGAAAACAACAUGAAGACUCCGCAAAAUUUUCGAGGCUGGUUUGGCGUGCUUAAUAUAGGAAUGUUUGUGAUAGUUCUUCUGUACAUCAUCGUUGGAUUUUUCGGAUAUAUUAAGUACGGUGCGGAUGCCGACGGUAGCAUCACGUUGAAUUUGCCUCAAGGAGAUGCAAUGGCUCAAGCUAUAAAGGUGAUGUUCGCCAUUGCGAUUUUCAUUACUUACGCGCUGCAAGCUUACGUACCUGUAGAAAUAUUGUGGACGACCUAUAUUGAACAUCGUAUGAAGAAAAACAAAUUACUGUGGGAAUACGUUUGUAGAACAGGGGUCACAAUUUUAACAUUUAUCCUGGCUAUCGCCGUGCCGCGUCUGGGCCUGUUCAUCUCUCUAUUCGGCGCCCUGUGCCUGUCCGCCCUCGGCAUCGCUUUCCCGGCCAUCAUCGAGAUCUGCGUCCUCUACCCCGACAAUUUUGGUCGCUUCAAGCUCGUCCUGCUCAAGGACAUCGGCAUCAUCAUUUUCGGCUGUAUCGGACUGAUCGUCGGCACGUACGUCAGCCUGGUCGACAUCGUUCACUCGUUCCAGUGAAGAGGUUUCCAGUGAAGAGGUUUCCAGUGAAGAGGUUUCCACUGUCACUGCCGCUGCUGCUGAUGCGACGACUUGUUGGUCGCCGUUGUUGGCCUGUAAGGAAAAAAAGAAAGAAAGAAAAUAAAUAUAAAUAAAAAUAUAUUACGAAAGUGCUAAACGCAACAAUCGAUACGUGGCGAGUAGCCUUAAGGAAGAGCACAUUUGUAUUGUUCUUUUGUAAUAAGCAAAUAAAAAAAAUCGGGCCGGGCUCCACGAGCAGGGCUGCAUAGUUGUAUAUGUACUGUAUUGCGUCAAAAAAAGACGUUACAAAUAAUAUUCAAGAAAGAUUAUAAUCACUCUCAUUAUUUAUUGCGCAAAGUGCGUCAAACGCACCGAGCAACGAAGUAGCAAAAGGCGUUAUAACUAUUCAAUUUUUGUUUUCGAAUUUAUGUGACGAAGAAAAAAUUAGUUUAUAAGAAUUUUUAAGGCGAGAGGCCUUUAUAUAGCUGUUAAGUAGUUCGUUUUUCGUAUAUUAUAAAUAUUAUUACUAUAUAUCACACAAACACACACUCUCAUGAAAGUAACGACGUGUAUACGCAAUAUUAUAUAAAUUGAAAAAUAUGCAUUUACAAGCUUGUCAAUGGAUUAUAUACAGAGAAGAGAACGAGAUUUUUUGCGGAAUUCAUUAUUUUUAGAAUCGAAUGGCCAUUUAUCCGAGUUAUGAAACUAUCUGGUAAUACGUUCAUAACGAAUGAAAAUGUAUAUAUAUUUCAAAAAUAAAUGGA